CGAGCGGCCCGCUUGCAUCAUCCGUCCGCAAGCUCGAAGCAGAGAACCGCGCGUCGUGGAUGCUACAACGCAAGAUGCUACAUACCGCGACCAUGAGCCCAAAGCUCGAGGAGCAGGAUCGGACGUUGCUCGCCGCCACUCGAGGCGACGCCAAUCGCAACAAGUCGAUGGCCAUCCGCGCAGCGUACCUCCAAGCCCACCUCGCAAGCGAGCCCGAUGCAGCCAUCGAUGCGCUAGCUGCCAACAGCGACACCAUCAACACGACCGACAGCGCUGGACCAACCGCACUCAUGCUCGCAGCGUCGACCGAGAAGGCGGAGCAACUCUUGCAAUUCGGCGCCGCCAUCGACGCCCAAGACCAUUUGGGGCAGACGGCACUGAUGCUGGCCGCGACCACCAAUGACGUGCAGCGCACGGAGUUGUUGCUCGCUCACACCGCGAACGUCCAUCUGCGGGAUACGCAAGGGUCAACCGUGCUGCUGCGGUGCGCCGAGGCCAGCGCCGAGAUCGUCGCGCUGCUUUUGGCCCACGGCGCGGACCCGGACGCGAUGGACCACCGUGGUGAAAACACGCUGAUGCGCGCUGUGACGAGCCAGAAUGUACCCGUGAUCCAACUGCUGCUCCCGGUGACCAACGUCGCUCACGCCAACCCGACGAAUGGCAACACACUGUUGCAUGUGGCGGCGUGGACGGGCCACAGCCGUCGGUCGGGCCUCCUUGGGUCCAUCGCCGCCGUCUGCAACACGGGCGAGACGCCGCUGCUCUACGCGCUCAAGACGGCCAAGGACGAGCAAGACCUCUUUGAGACCGUCACCACGCUUCUCGGCGCCGGCGCGUCCGUGCACACGCCGUGCCACGCUGGCGAUGCCCCGUUUCUAGUCGCGUGCCAGCGCGGGUUUGCGGCCGUGCUCUACGUCCUCGCCCAAGCUCGCGCCGACGUCAAUUACAAAGACCAAACGGGACGCACGGGGCUGCACCACGCCGUCGUGCGCGGACAUACCCAGAGCACUGAAGUGCUCGCGAUCCUCUACAAUGUCGACGUCAACUGCGCCACGCCGACGGGCGACACACCGCUCGUCCUCGCGAGCGCCGCCGGCAACAAGCACAUGGUGCGCACGUUCUUGACCAAGCGACGCAUGGACCUCGCGCACGCCAACCUCGAUGGAGAGACGGCGCUGCAUGUCGCCUGCGCCGGGGGCCAUGCGGCUGUCGUUCACGAGCUCCUUGCGUAUGCUAGCCAUUCGCUGCAUGCGCUCGACAAGUGCGGCCGCACGCCCUUUCUGAGCGCGUGCGCACGCGGCCACGUCUCGGUGCUCAAGGCGCUUGUGCACACGGGGGCCAUUGAUGUGCAUCACUGCGAUCACUCGGGCCAGUCGGGGCUGCUGCUGGCGAGUGCGAACGGCCACUUUGACGUCGUCCAGUGGUUUCUUGAAAUACCCACGAUGCUCGCGACGGUCUGCAAUCACAUGGGUUAUGAAGCGUUUUGUGCAGCCGUGGUUGCCGGCCAUGGCCCCGUCGCCGCACUGCUCGUCCAGCUACCGCUUGUGGCGAUUGAAGCAGCCGCAUGUGCACUCGGUGGUUAA